GGGAUUUGCGCGCCAGCCAGAGAGGGGCUUUUCUCUUUUGAAGCCUUCUGCGCUGAGACGGGAUCAUGGACUGGGGACUCCUCCUGCACUGUGCAGCCCUCAUGGUCACCCUUGGAAGGACGCUGAAGAGUGAUAAAUGUGGUGAAAAUAUCAGAAUCGUUGAGCCUGGGUAUCUCACUUCUCCUGGCUACCCUAAUACGUAUCAUCCAAGCCAAAAAUGUGAAUGGCUGAUUCAAGCUCCUCAGCCGUACCAGAGGAUUAUGAUCAACUUCAACCCUCACUUUGAUUUGGAGGACAGAGAAUGCAAGUACGAUUAUGUUGAAGUGAUUGAUGGAGACAAUCCCAGUGGGCGCGUGUGGGGAAAGUACUGUGGCAAGAUUGCGCCCCUGCCCGUGGUAUCUUCAGGACCAAACCUCUUCAUCAGAUUUGUCUCUGAUUAUGAAACUCAUGGGGCAGGAUUUUCCAUUCGCUACGAAGUUUUCAAGAAAGGACAAGAAUGCUCCAGAAACUUUACAUCAAUGAGCGGGGUGAUCAGAUCGCCUGGAUUCCCUGAAAAAUAUCCCAAUGGCCUUGAAUGCACUUAUAUUAUCUUUGCACCAAAGAUGUCCGAGAUCAUACUGGAAUUUGAAAGCUUUGAACUGGAGCCGGAUUCAAAUCCUCCAGGGGGAAUGUUCUGCCGCUAUGACAGAUUAGAAAUCUGGGAUGGAUUCGCUGAAGUUGGACCUCACAUAGGCCGAUAUUGUGGGCAGAAUACACCAGGCCGCAUCCACUCUUCGACUGGCAUUCUUUCCUUGGUUUUCUACACUGACAGUGCAAUAGCAAAAGAGGGUUUCUCUGCCAACUACACUGUCUUGCAAAACAGUGUAUCUGAAGAUUUUCAGUGCAUACAACCACUUGGAAUGGAAUCCGGUGAAAUUCAUUCUGACCAAAUCAGUGCCUCUUCUCAGUAUAGCACCAACUGGUCUUCUGAAAGGUCCCGCUUGAAUUACCCUGAAAAUGGGUGGACACCGGGAGAGGAUUCCAUUAGAGAAUGGAUACAGGUGGACUUGGGCCUUCUCCGUUUUGUUUCUGCCAUUGGAACCCAGGGAGCCAUCUCAAAAGAAACUAAGAAGAAGUACUAUGUGAAAACAUACCGUGUAGAUAUCAGCUCCAAUGGAGAAGACUGGAUUUCACUUAAAGAUGGAAAUAAACCUUUGGUGUUUACCGGGAACAUUAACCCUACUGAUGUUGCUUAUGGAACUUUUCCCAAGCCAGUUCUGACACGCUUUGUUAGAAUCAAACCUGUAAACUGGGAAACUGGGAUAUCGCUAAGAUUUGAAGUAUAUGGCUGUAAAAUUACAGAUUAUCCCUGCUUUGGCAUGUUGGGUAUGGUAUCUGGCCUCAUCACGGACUCCCAGAUUACAGCAUCAACUGCAGUUGAUCGAAAUUGGAUCCCAGAAAACGCUCGCCUUAUAACAAGCCGUCUAGGCUGGGCACUCCCUUCAACCACUCACUCAUACACAAAGGAAUGGCUUCAGGUAGAUCUUGGUGAGGAAAAGAUAGUGCGAGGCAUAAUCAUUCAAGGAGGCAAGCACAGAGAAAACAAGGUCUUCAUGAGAAAAUUCAAAAUUGGAUACAGCUACAAUGGAUCGGACUGGAAAUUUAUUAUGGAAGCAAGCAAAAAGAAGGUCAAGAUUUUUGAAGGCAAUACCAACUACGACACACCUGAACUUCGUGUUUUUGAGCCUAUAACCACCCGGUUCAUUCGUGUCUACCCUGAAAGAGCCACCCAUGGCGGACUAGGACUAAGGAUGGAACUGCUGGGCUGUGAAAUUGAAGUGCCUACCUCAAUCCCUACCACUACUGACAGCAAUCUGGUGGACGAGUGCGAUGACGAUCAAGCAAACUGCCACAGUGGAACAGGUGAUGACUUCCAGUUGACAGGCAGUACUACAGCAGUGAUAACAGAAAGGCCGACAGCAGUUGACAUUACAGUACAGCCAGAACUCCCAGCAUAUGGGUUCAACUGUGAAUUUGGCUACAGUUCUCAGAAGACAAUUUGCCGUUGGGAGCAUGACAGCCGGCUGGACCUGAAGUGGGCAGUGCUCACCAGUAAAACAGGGCCCAUUCAAGACCACACAGGAGAUGGCAAUUUCAUUUACUCACAAGCUGAUGAAAACCAAAAAGGCAAAGUUGCACGGCUCAUCAGCCCCAUCGUCAACCCACAAAACUCUGCUCAUUGCAUGACUUUCUGGUACCAUAUGUCUGGCCCCUACGUUGGCACUCUACGAAUCAAACUGAGGUAUCCUUCGCCUGAAGAGUAUGACCAAGUCCUGUUGACACUGAAUGGAAAUCAGGGGAACUGCUGGAAAGAAGGACGCGUCCUCCUCCACAAAUCUGUGAAACAUUAUCAGGUGGUGGUGGAAGGAGAAAUUGGAAAAGGACAUGGAGGAAUUGCAGUGGAUGAUAUUAACAUUGACAGCCACAUAGCACAAGAGGAAUGCCGAAAGUCAAAUGAUGCAGGGAAUGAAAUAGCUGAAGAAGAGCCAGAUAUUAAUCAAACAGGGUCUACACCUGAGUACAGUGAAAACGGAGAGCCCAUUGAUAACAUCUCCCGAAAACCGGGCAACGUGCUGAAGACUCUCGAUCCCAUUCUGAUCACCAUCAUAGCUAUGAGUGCAUUAGGGGUACUUCUUGGAGCCAUCUGUGGAGUCAUUCUGUACUGCGCCUGUUGGCACAAUGGUAUGUCAGAUAGGAACUUGUCUGCACUGGAGAACUACAAUUUCGAACUUGUGGAUGGUGUGAAAUUGAAAAAAGACAAACUGAACACACAGAAUACUUACUCAGAGGCGUGAAGGAGCAAAAGCAGCUACCGAAGUUUCGGAGAAAUUGAGACAGAAGGACAUAUCACUAGCUUAAGCUGGGGAACUGUGGAUCUUCUUUUACUGUAUAGGCUGAAAACUGCGUUGGGGACGUUAAGCCAAGCUUUUCUCAGGAGCUUCAGUCAGUGUACCAGAUAUACUAAAACAUGGACAGCAGUCUGUGUUAAACAAUCUGAAUCAUGUACAGUCUACUUCUGUUUCUAAUUUGAAAUAAUCAAAUGCUGGUGUUGAGACCAAGUAUGAUUGGCUUAAGAGGGGGCGUUUUGUUUUGUUUUGUUUCUGUCUUCCCGCCUACCCUGGUUUCUGUUUCCUUCCCCUUCGAUGAGUAUGUUUUAUUUUUUUAUUGUGCAAAAAUCCAAGAUGCUGUCACAGAGUGUAUUUGAGGGGGGGGGGGUGUUUCCUUCAGAGGGACAUGCUGUCUGUAGCUCAGUGCCCAAAAAAAGAAAAAAAACCAAUAUUGCAGUAACAGCAAUUUAGCUGAUUCAUGAACCUAUAUUUGUGUAUAAUUGCUUGUGUUGUGCAUAGGCAAGGAAAGGGUUAGCGUGUUUUGUUUUGUUUUUUAAAGUACUGUAGCAUCAGUACUGGUAUAGUGUGUCAGCUCUGUUUACCAAGCAAUACAGUCAGAAAUUUAUUGGUGUUUCUCAGUGUUGUACUAAACUUUGUGCUUGUGACUUCCAUGCAAGAAAUACGUGCCAUCAUCCAGAAACAACCGGCAAACCGAGUGAACUGCCUACAACUGUAACGAAACAAAAGCAAGAGUCCUUAGCACUGGCUAGUGUAUGUCCUCUCAAGUGCCUUUUUGUUUGUGACACUUCUUGUUGCGUUCACAUUAACAACAGCUUUGUCUCCUUCCAGUUAAAGACCUUGUCUUUUUUUUUUUUACUUACCCCAAGGACUCACUGACUAACAAGAAAGUAUAUUUUUAGCGUAAGUAAACCUUGAAAAGGCAAGGGCUAAGGAAGAUUGGGUGGCUUGAUUCUUCCACUUUCUGUAUGUCAGUUUCAUGUCGCUGGACCAUUUUUUGUACAAAGCUGCAAUAUUCCCCCUCUCCUCCUUUUAGAGUUCUUUCAUAUAGAAUGUAUUUUCAAGUA